CUUCGUUUUCGAUCGCUGACCUUUCGUCGGAGCGUCGUGAUAGCUUGUCGCCAUUCGUUUUUCCGACAGAAAUGGGUGUAAUCGUGGUUGGAGCAACGCUGACGGCGCUGUUUUUUCUGGAAUUGAAAUUGUUGCAGCUAGCACACGUUCGUGAGGGUGGUACAACCGAUCGGGCAGGUUCAGCUAGUGUCACUUCUGAUGAUGGAGCCAAUGACCGGGUUUGGGGCCUGCUAGACACAUCACCUGAAGAGGACCAGCUCAGGGCACAAAUUUUGUACAACCAGGGCGUGCUGCUGCAGCAAGGGUCUCUCAUCUCCCCAGCCUUGAGGAACUUGCGGACAGGGCGGAGAACAGUUCCUGGGCAAGCAUUUCUCGCACAACACCGUGCAGCACCGGUACAACAGGAACCGCAGCUACGAAACCGAUUCCUUGACGUUCUGGGACCGCCGGGUUUCUUGCGGUGAAAGAAGUUGACCACAGUUUCUUUUUGCUUGCCUCGCAACAGACACGAACAUGACAAGCUUUCUGGAGCAAACUUUGCGGGGCCUGCAUAAUCUCCACGAGGAGUUGCAGUUCGGCACCGCAGCUCAGCAGCAGCCAACAUGUGAAGUAGAUACCCUUUCCGCACACCUAGCGACAAUGUCUUCUCGAAGAUCGCAUCACCAUCACUCCGCUACCUCGUCUUCAUCCUUUCGCAAAACCCUCACCUCCUUCGCAGGGGCGGUGAUUCAGGGCGACAACUCGACCGCUCCGACACCAGUGACCCCGGGCAUCACCGGGAAACCGCCUCCAGCGCCGCCCAUGGACUUUCUCGGCGUGAACAACGGCGCCCCGGUGCUGCCCCAAACGUUUUCCACCAUGCCUUUACCGGGGCAGGCAUCGUAUGUGAAGCUGGAGAAGCACAACGCGGAGGUAAAUAAUGUUAUGAAGUCAUGUUUGUGAUGCUGAUGCUACGGCGCAUUUGCAACUAAAUUAUUAAGAACCGCACUUCUAGCAAAACACGCCGGAAUUACUAAGCCUAAACUGCAACACAGGUCCGCCGCUUAGCUGAGGAAUCCUGGGAGUUCCGGCGGAAUCUUUUUGUCACUGGCAUGUUCGGCUACGCGUUUGGCGUCCACAUCGCGAUCGGAAAAUUCAUCAUCUUCGCUCGGGAUACCGGCCGCAGCAGUGUGGAGUUCGUGCAGAAAUUGAGGAAAAUCCAACAGGACCUUGCGAAAAAGAAGAAAAAGAAGGACGACAGCAGCUCCUCCGACGACGGCAAGAAGGGCAAAGGGAAGAAGAAAGGGAAGAAAGGUAGAAAACGGGGCAGGCGGGGGGAUCCGGGGGAUUUCGACAGUGACUACGACUCGGACGACAUCGAAGCGAUGGACGUGUCGGAUGCGGGGAUAGAUGAAAAAAUGGCCAGGGUGAACGUGGAGAACCAACUGGCUCAGUUCCAGAAGAAGGACGAGGAGGCUAGUAGUUCGUCGAGCGACGAUGACGGACCAGGUGGGAAGAAAGGAAAGAAAAAAGGAAAGAAGAAAAAAGGAAAAGGGAAGGGAAAGAAGUAAAGCUGUAUUUGCAGUAGAUCGUCGCGAUGUUCAGCUGUAAAACCGAAAACAAAAGUAGCGACAGCCCAUGAUUUGGUGUAGCAGCGUUCCUUCGUCGCGCAAUUAUAAUGAUUUAUUUCAACUCAUGGCUGCUGCUGUGAAACGCAAAUAGUUGCAUACUGCUUUGGUCUGUUGAAAUGCGUGCGAACAAUGAUCAUCGCGUACGAAUUUUUUCUACGUAAAGGCGUUUUUUGAAAUCCUAUUCAU